CAGAUGGACAUAUACGUCCAGACAGCGAGUCCUAUAGUGGAGCAGGUGCUGAAAGGAUACAAUGGGACGAUCUUCGCGUACGGGCAAACCGGUACAGGCAAGACUUAUACCAUGGCUGGGAGCAACACCGCGCCGGAGUUACGAGGAAUCAUUCCUAACUCAUUCGCGCAUAUCUUCAGCCAUAUUGCUAAGGCUAAUGAGGAUGAGAAAUUCUUAGUAUGCGUGACGUACUUGGAGAUUUACAACGAGGAAGUCCGCGACCUCCUCGGCAACAACCCUCACCAGAGCCUGGAAGUCAAGGAGCGACCUGACAUCGGGGUCUUCGUGAAAGACCUGACAGGCUACGUAGUCCACAAUGCGGAUGAGUUAGAGAAAAUAAUGGCAGUCGGUAACAAGAACCGUCACAUCGGCGCCACGGCGAUGAACACGGAGAGCUCGCGGUCGCACGCCAUCUUCUCAAUCACCGUCGAGAGCAGCAAGCGAGGCUCUGACAACAAGAUGCAUGUCAAGAUGGGGAAACUACAUCUUGUUGAUUUGGCUGGUUCAGAACGGCAAAGCAAGACGCAAGCCACAGGGACUCGAUUGAAAGAAGCCACUAAGAUCAAUCAGUCUCUCUCAGUGCUGGGCAACGUGAUCUCAGCGCUGGUCGACGGGAAGUCCACACACAUACCGUAUAGAAACUCCAAAUUGACAAGGCUGUUGCAAGAUUCGCUUGGAGGUAACUCUAAGACUGUCAUGAUAGCAACAAUAGGACCAGCGGACACGAAUUACGUGGAAACUAUAAGCACGCUGCGCUAUGCCAACCGAGCGAAGAAUAUUGAAAAUAAGACGCAUGUCAACAGCGAGCCGGGAGACGCACUGCUUACUAGAUUCCAACAAGAGAUUGAUCAGCUCAAGAAACAACUGGAUGAGUGUACCAAUGAAGAAGAAGAAGUGGAGGAAGAGGGAGAAGGAGAGUUAUCGGAGGAGGACUUGUCAGACGACACACUUACUGACCCGGAGGCCGACGUGUUGGACCCGACAGAGAAGAAAAUCAGACGCAAGCUCAGGAGGGAAGAAAAGGAGAAGUUGAACCGAGAGAAGGCUUAUCUCGCACGGAAGGUGCUAGAAGAGAAGAAAGCAGAAUUGCAGAGAACUAAAAAACAACAAGAAGAGCUAAAAGACAAGCUGCAACGUCUAGAGUCCAAGGUGCUGGUGGGCGGCGAGAACUUGCUGGACAAGGCGGACGCUCAGCGGCGGCUACUGGAGCAGGCUGCCAGGGAACUGGAGCUGAGGAGACUCAACGAGCUCAGGCUGCAGGAGGACUUGCAGAAGAAAGAGGCUGAACGUCUAGACUUAGAAGAAAGAUACUCAAGUCUCCAAGAGGAAAAUGCAGCGAAGACUCGCAAGUUGAAGCGAGCCGUGCAACUCUUGAACUCUGCGAAGGCCGAACUGGCUGACCAGCAGAGGGAGCAACAGAGGGAGAUGGAGGGCAUACUGGACAGUGUGAGGGCACUGAAGAGGGAAAUACAACUCGCUGAUCUUGUAUUGGAUUCUUAUAUUCCUAAGGAGUAUCAGGCGCUGAUAGACCAGUACGUGCACUGGAACGAGCAGUUGGGCGAGUGGCAAGUGAAGUGCGUCGCGUACACCGGGAACAACAUGAGCGCGCCGCAUCACUCCGCCACACAGCCGCACUCCAAACAUAUUGAGCCCCCGGACUUAUCAGACCGCUACCUAUCGUACGGCGCAGUGAGCAGUCGGCCCGGCACCCGCCUGGCCAGACCUCACACCUCCGCCGUGCCACGCCCUCACACUGCACUGCGACAGAGGCAGUAG